AGAGUAAUUUGAACGUCAUCAACAGUGCGCCGUAAUCGUUCACGCAUGCGCAAGAGUGUGGAGCUGACAAAAUUCAAACUGGACGGCGGGUAGUUUAAGCCUCGACAGAAAAAACACAACAAAGGUCAAUUGUCAAGGAUUUAACCAAACUGUAAGAAAAAUGACCAGCACGUUGAAAGGAAUUACUCUCAAGGGAAGCGCCGAGCUAGUGGCCGAAUUCUUCUCAUUUGGCAUCAACAGCAUCCUGUACCAGCGGGGCAUAUAUCCUCCAGAGACAUUCACCAGAAUCACCCACUAUGACAUGAGCCUUCAACUUACCACUGAUCCUAAACUGAAGAACUACCUGACCAAUGUGGUGUGUCAACUCAAAGAAUGGCUGUUUGAGUGCACAGUGCAGAAGUUUGUGUUGGUGAUCACAUGUCUGGAAACCAAUGAGGUGCUGGAGAGAUGGCAGUUUGACAUUGAGUGUGACAAAUCAGCCAAGGAGACCAGUGCUCCCAGAGAGAAGUCCAUUAAGACCAUUCAGGAUGAGAUCCGCUCAGUUAUCAGACAGAUAACAGCCACAGUUACUUUCCUGCCGCUGCUGGAGACGCCAUGUGCCUUUGACCUCCUUGUCUACACAGACAAAGACCUGAUGGUUCCUGAUAAGUGGGAAGAGUCUGGGCCUCAGAUCAUCGACCAAUCAGAGGAGGUGCGUUUACGCUCCUUUACCACCUCCAUCCACAAGGUGAACAGCAUGGUGGCGUACAAGAGGACCGACUCUGCUUAGACCUCUAAACCAUGACCCUCCACCCUACGAGCUGUACAUACCACCAACCACUGCCCUUAUAGAAAACAGUAGAUUUUACAGUGCCCUGUCCUAUCUCACUGUCUGCAUAUCUGUCCAGUAUUCUGUACAUGGAGAAACCAGUGUUUUUCUGCUCUCAUUUUCUGAUCUUCAACUUGUCUCACUUGUCUUUUUGAAAAGGACCUUGCAACCUGCUCUGUCUACGCCGAUGUAAAUAUUUCUCAUUUUCUUUUGUCUCUACUAUGGUUUCACCUUUCUCUCAAGUUGUCAACCUCUGUUUUAAAAGAUAGUGGUUUAUAUGUUAAACUUUUAUAAAAUGUCAUAAAUAAAUGUCUUUCACAAAAGUUUCUUUUUUUUCUUGU